AAAAAAAAAGAAAAAAAAGAGAAAAAAAAAGAAAAGAAAAAAAAAGAAGACGACGAGCGAGCCAUGCGAAAUCCACGUUGAGGGACGACUAACUAGACCGGGGCUAAAAACGACGAUUAUACUAAGGGGCGGGGACAAGGGGCCAAACCCACCAAUCUACCUUUGGUGCUUGGCAGACGAUCUCUAGGUUGAGGGCCCCUCUUUGGCAUCGACAUUGAACGAUUGAUGGUUGCGCUGCAUAUUGGGGAGAUGUGAAGCGGUCGGUAUGAGUGCAGCAGAGAACAAACAAACAAACAAACGAACAAACAGCAAACAGAGCGAGUGCCCGCCCGCCCGUGUGCGCCGUCAGAUACGUCCGGGCUGCUUGCCUGUUUGGUGCCUGCCCUUGAGGGAGCUGUGCGUUGCACUGCUCCUGCGCUGCCACACCUGCCGCACUGCCGCACCUGUCUGCCGCAACCACUGAAAGCACCGACGCCCGCACCCGUUGCACCAACUACCAACUCCAUCUCCAAUCUGCUGCACAGCCAACCCGUCAGAGCCGCCGCUGGCCUCCAUGCCUGGAACCUCUCGACUAGACCCUCUCUCUCGUGACCGUACUAUCCACACCUCUCUCCGCCACCAUUCCCGUUAGCGACCGACCCGUCUCGAUUUCGGCUACCUGCGCGAGCUUGUCCCACGCAGCACAACGGACCGGCAACACUUGAGAAAUAAGACGGACGGAAAAAAAGAAAAAAGAAAGAAAGAAAAAAAGCAACAAGAAAAGUCAUAAAUCACAAGAACAAACACCAAUACGGAAUUCUUAUCAUAUCGGGAAUCACUUGUAUCAUUUGACAGGAGCGUCGUGGAAGAGGACAGGCGAGCCAGACGAGAGAAAGCAGGGAAAAAUCAGGAGCAAGGCCGGAACAAGCCGACCCUCUCGUUUGUCUCGGUCUUCUUUGCGGCUCCUCUGCCGCCUAUUAGACCUUCCUCCUCCCGCCCCAUCGACCCUCCCGCCACGGAUACUGCGCGCCCACCUCCGAACACGUUCCCGAGACAAGGGGGAUGUGUCUUUGGUAGCAAUCCUAUCAAUCCGACAACACCUCCCAUCGAAGCGUUCGAGAAUUGCACUCAAGCCCAAGCGGUCCUCGCAUCGCUCCGGGCUACCCAAACGCCUCUGGACGUGACGUCGCGAACGCAGCGACGGAGCGGCCAUGGGCAACAGCCAGGGCAAACCCGUCGAGUUCGACGGCGAAGUGAACCUUAACCACUUUCGACUCCUGAGGGUUGUCGGCCGCGGCGCCUUCGGCAAGGUGCGCAUCGUCGAGCGGAAAGACACGAACCUCUCGUUUGCCCUCAAGUACAUCCGUAAAGAUGAGGUCGUCCGGUCCGAGAGCGUUCGAAACAUUAUCCGCGAGAGACGCAUGUUGGAACAUGUCAAUCAUCCAUUCAUAUGCAACUUGCGAUACAGCUUCCAGGAUAUCGAGUACAUGUAUCUCGUUGUGGACUUGAUGAGCGGCGGCGACCUGAGGUUUCACAUCUCCCGCAAGACCUUUACCGAGGAGGCUGUGAGGUUUUGGAUCGCGGAACUGGGGUGUGCCUUGAGGUAUGUCCACGGCCAGGGCAUUAUACAUCGCGAUGUAAAGCCCGAUAAUGUGCUGUUGGACGCCGAUGGUCACGUACAUCUGACGGACUUUAACGUGGCAUCCGACAUAAUCCCCGGCAAGGUCCUGACAAGCAAGUCGGGAACACUGGCCUACCUUGCUCCCGAGGUAUAUGCAGGCCGAGGCUACGAUGUCAAGGCCGACUGGUGGUCUCUCGGCGUGCUAUUCUACGAGUGCAUCUACAACAAGAGGCCAUUUGAGGGAAACUCCGAAUCCAGUCUUAGUCAGAACAUCCAGGCCGCCAACCCGAAAUACCCAAUCACAUCGCCGCCCGUCUCCCUAUCCUGUCUGUAUGGCAUCAGGGAUGCUCUUGAGCCUGUGCCGGAAAGGCGGAUGGGUGCGACCUGGGAGAGCUUCACCCAGCAUGAAUUCUUCGCCUGCAUCGACUUUGAAGACCUGGAGCGGAAGCUGAUCGAGCCCAUCUUCAUCCCUUCGUCCGAAAAGACCAACUUCGAUGCGACGUAUGAUCUGGAAGAGCUGCUGCUGGAGGAGGCACCGCUGGAGGCCCGGGCCCGCAGGCAGAAGCCCCGCGGAAGGUUAAAGGACGACGCCACGGAGAAGGAGAUUCGCGAAGAAGAGCUCUAUCGGAUGAUAGAGAGGGACUUUCAGCCGUUUGACUACACGCUUGCGGCAUACAAGAAGAUCACAGAAGGCGGGGAGGCACAACCGGGAGCCCCCCAGGGUACGGGCCCGGGCAUGGCAACCAACGGCCCGCCCCAGGCCCUUACUACAGACGAAGCAACCCAGAUGGUCAACGACCCGUCAUCCAUCAACCGACAAGCAUCGUCAUCCUCUCAGAGGUCGCAUCGGACUGCCGGCAGUGGUGGCGCCAGCGGCGGCGCGUCAUCAAGGACGCGCAAACAGCCUCCGGGCCGUCUACCGCCGCUGCCACCUUACCCGACAGCGUACACAAACGCGCAGAGCAACGGCGCAGGGCUUAACCGGACAGGCCUCGCCGGGAGCGCAAUGGUUGGGAGCCCCACAGGCGGCGUCCAGGUGACUUUGGACGGGGCAGGCUCUUGGUCCGAUCUCGCACGCCAGGACGCGACUCUGCCUGCCGACGCCGCUGGCGCGGGCAACGACGAUGCCAACGGCGGUGGCGGCUUAGGUGGCGUCUUCGGCUUCUUGAGCCGCAAAAAGGGCCGGGGCAACAGCCCUAAGCCCAAAGAGAGGGGUGUGUUGGGCAAGGAGGGUGCCAGGCAGGUCAUUGGUUAACUCCAUGGGUCCAUUUCCGCUCCGUCCCUGCCACCUGUCGGCCUCUGUGCAUCGACGUGGCGUCUUGCCAGUCCCAUGAUUGGGUGACUCCGGGGGACCCUCGAAGUUGGGCAGGUCCUUUGGGCUUGCCCUUGCAAUCAUGGAGGAGGACCACACACCCCAAUAAAAGUCAGCUUGGGGUCGUGAACUCGCUCAUCUCACGCACCGACCGCCCUGAAGCCAGCCACACGGCCGUUGGCCCCGCACUGGCUUUUGUGACGAGAGACAUGGUUGCGGGGACGGGCCGGUCGGUGGAUAGGCCUCACAUGCGCCCCAAAGCUUGGCCAUCCGCCCACCUGUUGGGCGGCUGUUUCGGGAUGCCGAUGCUAUCCAACCCACACCCCGCUCACCAUCCACUCGUCCGCGGCAUCGCUUCCGGCAAUCCGGAAUAGCGUCCCUCGCACACCACAUGCCAAGCUCGCUGACUACUCACGGCGGGUUCGGCCUCGUGGCUGCUGCGUGGGCUAGCCGUGGGGGUCCUGCCAGUGACGACGGGGGCAGCCGCCGGGCGCCUAGUAAACUAAUAUAAUCUGUUUGGUUAACGACUUGUCCGAGGCGAAUCUAAAUCUUCAUAUUCUUAUCAUCUUCUCUGACGUUGGCGUGGUUGGCUCUCUGUUGUCGCAUUUUCCUUGGUUCUUUUUUUUUUUCUUGGCCACGUACGAGCUUGGGAUGGAUGCCUCUUGUCCGAAUUUCCCUCCCCUCAUGCAUAUGUUUUGUAUCUAGCUUUCAGCUUUGGUAGACUGGAGUCGACCUCCUCGCGUCAGGUGUCGCACCGGGCUGGUCUGGUCAUAUUUUACAUAUACCUAGCAGUCCAUCUUGGGACCUCUUACUCUUGCACUCUUCUUUCUUCUUCUUUUCUUGUGCGGGUUUCACGUUUCCGGACUGCCAAGAGGUCACUGCCAACUUCCAAAGAUACCACCUAGUUCACUAUCUCCCUUCCAUGUUUACCGUGCUCCUUGCCAAAUCAAAACAGGGAAACAUUCCAGAGUGGAGAUGAGGGUGUCUGCCAGUAAGGAAGGGGGGGUCCAGUCGGCAGGCCUACACAAAAAGGGGGUUCUCGCACCGAUAGCCAUGCCAUGUUUGAGCGAGCCAAAAAAAAAAAUACAAAUUUGCGUUCAAAC